GGCACUGCAUUAUCCUCAAAGCGGGCAAAGGUGUUUUGUUUGUCUGGAAGCGAGACGUCGGUGUCCGUAACGUGGCUGGUUUUCUUUUUGUAGUCUGUGAUUUCCUGUAGACCCUGCCAUGUAUUGGAAUAAAUGACCAAACUAUAAAACUAGCUAGCCAGCUAUGGGUAACUGUAGCUAGCUACCUGGCAGGAGUGCUAGUUAGAUACGUUAGCUUACUAGGUAUAUUAAUAGCUUUAGGUCGGUUGUUUUUAAGCUCAACUUCAAGAUUUCCACCAAGGACGUUGCCUCUUCGAUCAUCACUCUCUCUCGCUUAGGCAAGGGACAUUUAAGUUUUUCACUUCUUAACCACGUCCGUCAACAAUCACCCACAACGAAGAUGGCGGCUUGCAAGGAGACGAGACGUAACUGGACAAUUCACUGUGCAUUUGCUGUGUUUAUCUUGUUACAACUAUUUCCUCUCAACUGUAUUUCGGCACCGCUGGAACCCGAAAACGAUUCAGUUGAGGUUCAACCACCUCUGAAUCCAGGAGUUGUUGGUUUGGAUCACUCCUUGCCUUUGGCAACUGCCAGCAAGGGUGCAGCAACAGCCGACAGCACUGGUACAACAGACAGCAAGGCAGACACCGUAACCAAUGACAAAGCUAGAAUAUCUAUCGAUGUUGAUAAAACAGCAGUCAUUAAGGCUGUAACAUCAGACCUAAAGGAUGCUGCUGCUACACCCAAUGAGAGUGCUACGCCUAUCAAGGAUGCUACCACACCUUUAGAAGAUGCUACCACACUCAUCAAGGAUGCACCCAUUGAUGGCGUUACAGCAUAUGUCGCACUGGCCACCAAAGGGGAGGUUAUAGCUGAAUCCCCUGCCAUUAUUAAUAAAACAACUGUUGGCAAGGAAGCAGGACGGACUACUCAAGAACUACUUCCCAAUGCCACUGAUGCAGAUGCUGCUGCCACCUUUACCAUGGCUGCAGAUCCAGCCAUCAGCACCAUCACAUCCAAGCCCACCCUGGAGAAACCAAGCCCUGCCUCCAACACCAAGCUUGUCGGUCACAUGAACCCUACAGAGGAUGAUCAAGAGGACAAUCUAGAGUCCCAGGCAGAGACUGACGUGUACGACAGAGAAAAUGACGACGACGGCGACUAUGACCUGGGGCCAGCAGUUAAGGCUCCUCUGAACUUCAACGACAAGGAGGAUGACAUCAUGGUGGACGCAGACAAUGAACCGGUGGUGCUCAGACCAGCAGAGAAUGCUGGGAAGAUAGACGUGCGUAUGAAGGACACCAACAUCUACACCAUCCAGGAUGAGGACUCGCACUUCUUCUUCCACUUGGUCAUCCUGGCCUUCCUGGUGGCCAUCGUAUACAUCACCUACCACAACAAGAGGAAGAUCUUCCUCCUGGCCCAGAGUCGGCGCUGGAGGGACGGCCUGUGCUCUCGCAACAAUGUGGAGUACCAUCGGCUGGACCAGAAUGUCAACGACGCCAUGCCUUCCCUCAAGAUGACUCAAGAUUACAUUUUCUGAGCAGAGAAGGAAGGCGAAAAGACUGACCUGAAUUGAACAAACCUGUUUCCGGCUGCAUUGUUGACAUGCUCGCUUGCCCCACAAGCUUGCCCCACUUCCUCUUGCUUCAGGACAAUCCUGGACAGGAGGGAGUUUGAUGGUACUUCAUCUCUGUAAUCGAUAACCUACACGUUUUCAAUGUUCAUCCACGUACGUUGGAAAUAUUACUUUGUUUUGUUAACCAUACUCUUGAGUUUUGAAAUUAUUUAUUUGGGUGACAAUUACACGGGUCUAUAUGAAAAACAUUCCACCAUGUUUAAGCCUUACUGUCCUUAAUAUAGUUUUGCUCUCCUUUUUUUUUGCAGAUUACACACACAGAAAAUUUGGAUGUAUAGAUUGUCAGAAUCAAUAUCAAGAUAAAUAUGUUGUGAUACUUUGCUUGUUAGUAACUAGUUUGCCUAGCAAUGAAGGAAGGCUAUUUGUAGUUAUUAGCCACAAAGCAUUUGAGGUUGUAGAAGUUAAUAUUGUAGGAAUACAGUAUACUACACUGUAGGGGGGUCUGACUGAAGGACUGGAGUUGGAAAACUAUACUACAAUUAUAGACCUUAAUAAAAAAAUGCAGAUUUUUUUUUUUUUUUUACAGCAAUACUGAAAAUUAUUUAUGUUGUGGUUCUUUCUUAUGCUAAAUCCAUCCUCCCUUGACUUUUGUAGACAUGCGUGAACACACCACCACAUUGAUAUGGUGGCAGUUAUUCCUUGUAAUUGUAUUUUUCCAUAAUCUGGCAUUGUACUGGUCUUAACACUUUGCUCAGAUUGCUAUACACUUAUCCCAGGACUGGUCCUCCUUUCUAUUUGUUCGGUCCUUCGUUCUUCUCUUUUUAUCAGAAAUCUGCACUCUUCAUGUGGCCUAAUGUGCAUGUAAAGCACCACUUGGACACCGAUUACCUUAGAUCAAUCAGCUCUCUGUCCCCGCUCUGGGGGCAUGUGCAUCCCAAAUGGCACCCUAUUCCUUAUGUAGUGCACUUCCUUAUGUAGGGCCCUAUGCUUUAGUCAAAAGUAGUGCACUGUGUAGGGAAUGGGUUACCAUUUGGGACGUAGCCUCAGUCUGGAGGAAACGAUAACCACCGUUGCUCACUCGUCAUUACCUUAACGAGCCUUCAGUUCUAAUGCCAUUAUCCUGUGACAUGAAUCCAGAAUUAUCAAUUCUCAAGCACUUGUCAAUCGCUGUUAAAUUUCCACUGUCUUUUCAGUACAGAGAAGAAGCAUUAGCCUGAGUGCCAGUCUGUUUAUGCUAACGUGCCAACUUGUCACUCAUUGUCAUGAUGAACAUGUUUGCCUUGACAAUGAGCGAUGGCAUUGGAAAGGGCACAAGCAGCCCAAUUCUGAUAUUUUUUCCACUAAUUGGUCUUUACAGCAAUUACAUCAGAUCUUUUUCAGAGCUGAUCUGAUUUGUCAAAAGGCCAAUUUAAUCAACAAAAUAUCAGAUUUGGGCUUCCUGUGUAAACAGCCUAAAUCUGGGACGAGGCUAAAACAUUGUAAAUAGGUGGUGGAUUUCAGCUCUGUCAGGAGCUGUGCGCACUCUGGUGUCACGACAAUCGCUAAAGCAUGAGAUGGAGAUGUCAUGCAUUGAACAGAUACGGUGUUGUGUAGCUUUCAUAUAGCAUGUGGUGGAUGAACACUGCUUUUGCAAUCAACUGUAGAGGUUCUAUAAAGCACAAUUGUAUAUGGGUCCCUUUUUGUCUCUUGGUAAUGCUUCAUUUGCUACUAAAUAAAUGUUAAUCUGUUUGUAAUUGAAUUUCUCCACAGCAGGUUGUAAGAGUCAUCAAAAAGUUAGUUGUAUUCAUCGUGAAGAGAAAUUAAUGCUUUUUAUUUUUACAUUUUAGUCAUUUAGCAGAUGAUCUCACCCACAUUGAAAGCUCCAAGCUCUACUAACUGAGCUACACGGGAAUUCAUGUAUGUGGAAAUGAGCCUAUCAUGACCACAUGACUUUACAGUAACUGCUGAAUCAUUCCAUUGCUAAAGUUGUCUUGCAUGAUGACAGAAAUAUACUUUGCUCUGAGUUAUA